UAAAAGUUGUCCAAAAUGAUUCUGAGGAAAGAAGGAGGAGGAGGCAGAAGGAGCAGCGUUUCCUUUUGUGGUAGUUGAAUUCGCUGGAAGAAGAAGGAGCAGGAAUUCUUUGUGCAACACGAGGAGCGAGAUACAAUCCAGACUCGGCUUGAUAUGUGGCGACAAGCCAUGGCAGGAGUUCCCGGACUAAAGUUGGCCUACUGUUAUGGAAUUCUACAAAUUGUAGAGAAAGGAAAUCUUCGGGCCAUCAUGGAUGACGACUUUGAUCGCCGUAUGGAACUGAGGAGACAGAGGAGGGAACAGAUGCGCCUGGAGGCCGAGACAAUGGGUUACACCAACGACGAUGACGAGGAGGCGGCUCGGGAGCAACGGAGACGUGCGAGGGAAGAGAGGAAGAAGAUGAAAGAAUCGGAAGAGUGCGGAAGGAGCGAUGUGAUCAACACCAACGAUGUGGCGGAGAGCGAGACUUCUCCUUCCUCCGCCAUGAGUCUGGCAGCGGAGGACGACGACCAGGCUCUGGAGGAGCGCCUGGCCAAGAGGGAGGAACGUCGGCAGAAGAGGAUGCAGGAGGCCAUCGAGAGACAAAAGUUGGACCCGAGUUUCACCGCGGCCAACGGGCUCGACGGGUCGCCUGAAAACCAGGCGGACAACCACAGUGGUGGGCAGAGUGGUGCGGAGGACGAGGAGAAGGAGGAGGAACAAGUCCAAGAGGAGAUGCUUGAUACCUCGUCUUGGAAGAAGGAGCAAGAUGAUACAAUGGAAGAGGGUAAGAUUGGCGGGGAAGAAGAGGAAGCUGCCUCCGAGGUUGACAAGGAAGAAGAAAAUGAACAGAGAAGGAGGAUAGAAGAGGAGCGGCAGCAGAAAGAAAUGGAGGAAAAACGGAGGAUAGAGGAAGAAGAGCGGCGGGAAAAAGAGGAGAGAAAGAGGAAAGAAGAGGAAGAGAGACGGGAAAGGGAGAUGGAGGACAGAAGGAAAAAGGAAGAGGAGGAAGCGCAGAAGCGGGAGCUGGAGGAGAGGCGCCGGAAGGACGAGGAAGAGGCGGAAAAGCAAAAAGAGGAGGAGAAGAAACGCAAAGAGGAGCAAGAAAAACAAGAGUUGGAGGAGAAGAAGAGGAAAGAGGAGCGAGAAAAAAAGGAGAAGAAGAAAAAGGAGGAGGAGGAGCAGAAGAGGAGAGAGAUGGAGGAGAGGAAGAAGAAAGAGGAGGAAGAAAAACAAAAGAAGCAAGCCGAGGAGAAGAAGAAGAAAGACGAGGAGGAGAAGCGCAAAAAGAGAGAGAUGGAGGAGAAGAGGAAAAAAGAUGAGAAUGUAGCGACCAAACAGAAUGGAGCAUUUGUUGAAAAUAAGAUGAAAAAGCCAGACAAGCCAACCAGGGACGACGUUCCUUCGGCGGCGCAGGACGACAGUGAGCGGCAGGAGGCCGAGCGCAAGCUACAAGAGCUCCAGCGGCGACGUAAUGACGCGGAGAGCGAGGAGAUGGAGAAGAUGAAGCAGAAGCAGCACCACGCCGAAGCCGAGCUGGAGGAACUGAAGAGGAAGAGGGAGGAGAGGAGAAAGAUCCUCGGGGAGGAGGAAGAGCAGAAGAAGCGAGAGCUGGAGAACAAGAAGAGCAAGGAGCAGGAGGAGAGGAAGAGGAUGAGGGAGGAGAUUGAGAAAAGAAGAGCGGAGGCCGCCGAGAAGAAGAAGCAGCUGGAGCAAGAGUCUGCCAAGCCCUCGUUCAAAAUCACCCCCAAAGGUUCAUCCAAGAUUGGGGAGAAGGCGGAAUUCUUGAGCAAAUCGGCUCAAAAAAGCGUGAGAACGUCGCACGGCCCCGUCGUCUCAAAGAUCGGCAGCAGACUCGAACAGUACGCCUCGGCCGUCCAGGGGAACAAAGAUGUGAAAUCCCCCAAGCCUCUCGCGGCUGACAUCCCCUCAGGCGGCACGCGUAGCAUCAAGAGCAUGUGGGAGCGCGGCAAUGUGUCUGACAAUCAAGCAAAUAAGGACUCUAACAAAGGAAGCGUCGCCAGUCGGACGGCGAAGUCCGCACAGGCCGAGAAGACGCCGCUAGAAUCGGAACCGCCGGUAGCGGUGGCAACAAAGCCCGGAGCGAGGCCCGAUAAAUCCCAGCCUGCUGCACAAGCACGUACUAAUGACGUGAAUAAGGAAAGUAACGUCGGUAACAAGCCCAACAUGUGGGAGACCAAGAAAAGCUCGACGCCAGCCAAAGUGUUGGUUGGAGUCAAAGGCAAGUUUGUCUAAAACAUCGCAGCAAAUAUUCACCGCCUGCCUUGAAGCACGAUGGAGAGUGAAGAUCACAUGAUCUGGAAAGGCUGCACUGUCCCAUUGCCUUGAAGAGUUAAAGACCAAAAAAUUGUCUGAGAUGUUGAAACCGAGGGAACAUUUAGUGUUUGUCAAGACGUUUGUUUCUCCUUGUGAGCUUUUACAGUUCCGUUUUGCGUGCGCACUGCUUUCUGCGAGUUAAUCGAGGCGAGACCACUGAGCUGCUUACAUUUUAUUUUUAAUGAACUCAUUUUCUUAUUACUGAUGGGUACUAAAUCAAAUACAAAACAAAUACAGGAUUAUAAUUAUUAAACAGUCUAAAGGCAUUUGCAGCAUAACA